GCAUCAGCUACGACUGGAGCUCUCACAAUGGAUGAAUUGCAACGCAGCCGAUUGGCGUCAAGGCCUUAGUUAGCUCGGCAGGCGGCGGCUUGGACCCCCCAAAAACUUUUUGGAUGAUUCCAGUCGCUUCAAGAUACGAUACGUCAACGCCCUCUCGCAUCGUGUAGCUCAACGCUUCCGCGCAUGUAAUCAUUUCUACGCCUUGUGCUACCGGCCCGGUCGACCAUGAAAUUUCACUUGAUUGUUUCUUGAUAAGCACAUGUUCUAACUGAAAGAUGAAUUCCAACGUUUUGACCAAGGCCGCGCUCCCGUCGCGAUUGCUAUCCCCGACCCAGAUAUACCGAAGACAGACACUGCGCGAGAGUCUGCGGAAACGUGCGCCUUCUACACGAACACUUGCAUAUGCUGCUGCUGCUGCUACUACUACAAGGAGACCUGCCGAGAAUACUGCGAAGCCACAAUGCCAAAACCAGGCACAAAGAAGGGCUUUCCACGCUACGCCCAACACAUUGGCCGCCGUAAGAGAUCCGUAUAAGGCUCUGGGAGUAUCAAAAGGAGCUACACCAGCAGACAUCAAAAAGGCAUAUUACGGUUUGGCCAAGAAAUACCACCCCGACACGAACAAAGACCCUGGCGCCAAGGACAAGUUCGGUGAGAUCCAAUCCGCAUACGAGGUACUAUCAGACCCCAAGAAGAAGGAGCAGUUCGACCAGUUCGGUGCAUCAGGAUUCGACCAGAAUGGUGACCCCUCCCCUGGAGGAGGUCAUCCCUUUGGCGCCGGCGGUCCAUUCUCCGGCUUCAGUGGUGGAUUUGGUGGCGGCCAGGGAGGCUUCGGCGCCAACAUCAACCUCGAUGAUCUGUUUUCGCAUUUCACUGGAGGACAAAGUCCGUUUGGCGGCAGUGCCGGCGGCGGCCGACGUGGCAGGUCGAACCCCUUUCAACAGGAAAUUCUGGUUGGAGAGAACAUUGAGAUGCAAACCAGCAUAUCCUUCAUGGAAGCAGCCAAGGGCACACAGAAGACUAUUACGAUACAUCCAACAGUACCUUGUGGUACCUGCUCCGGAAGUGGCUUGAAAUCUGGUACAAAGCGAACCGAGUGUAAAUCUUGUGGAGGCACAGGAACAGAAGUCCACUUUUUGACUGGUGGUUUCCAGAUGGCCUCGACCUGCGGAACAUGCAAAGGUUCAGGACAACAAACCCCUCGGGGGUCGGAAUGUCGAACAUGCAGUGGCAACGGAGUUGUUAGGGAUCGCAAGACUAUCACAGUAGAUAUCCCUGGUGGCAUUGAGGAUGGAAUGAGGUUGAGGGUGGACGGAGAGGGCGACGCCCCUUCCCUUGGUGAUGGUGCACCGCCCAACGCACGUACCGCUCGUGGAGAUCUUUACGUCUUAGUACGCGUUGCUGCUGAUCCCAAGUUCAAGCGAAACGGGUCCGACAUACUGUAUACUGCCAGUAUCCCACUGACGACAGCUUUGCUUGGUGGCGAAGCUAGGAUACCAACCUUGGAUGGCGAGGUGGCGGUCAAGAUCAGCACGGGCACCAACACCGGUGAUAAGAUCACAUUAGGUGGCAUGGGCAUGAAGAAGCUUGGCGGCCGCCGAAGCGGUUCGGGAGACUUGAAGGUCGAGUUCCGGGUGAAUAUGCCCAAGUACCUGUCAGCAAACCAACGGACAAUCGUGGAGAUGUUAGCAGAUGAGAUGGGCGAUGAGACGGCAAAGCGAAUUAUGAAUGUCAAGAUGCCCAAUUCUGAUCCGUUAGCCAACCCUGGCAAAGAUGAUGAUCCGGAAACACAUAGGAGCGAAGGGUUUCUCAAGUCCAUGUGGCACAACCUAACAAACCACCCGGCUCACCAAAAGAAUCCCGAAGAGUCAUCUGCUUCAGACAAGAAGGCUUCAGGCACCACCGAGAAGAAGUCAGAUGAGGAGCGAAGGAAAGAAGCCGGAUCCGGUUCUGGCUAAACUGCAGAGGCUUCGUUGCAGUAACGCGGGAGGAUUCGUUGUAGGCUAGUUGACUGUAAAAUAAGGUAUGAAGGACACCACUAUAUUUUAGAUACUUAGACUGGAAGCUGUGAAUUGCAUUGGGCGGCGUGUAUAUGGAAAAGGAGUACUACUCGACUUUCCCAAGGAAGGGAGUCAGCCUCGGAGAACUUACCUUGGGUUUUCGUACAACACCCUCUCUCCUCUACCAGGACGAUGAAUCAAAUAAUACACACUAAUUGAGCACCUGCAACGUGAUGCUGU